GGAGAUGUGUGUGUUAACGGUGACUGAGACAGUGUUACUGCACCUUUAAGAGAGUCGCUCGGCUCUAUCGCACAUUGUGUCUUUACCGGUCCGCCGCUGUCGUGUUGUGUUUUCAAUCUCACUCUGUACGGUCAUGUCUGCUCAUUCCGCUGAAGAUCCGUUCCCGUUUCACGGGCUGCUUCCAAAAAAAGAGACUGGCGCUGCCUCGUUCCUCACUAAAUUCCCAGAGUACGAUGGCCGAGGGGUGCUUAUCGCGAUCCUCGACACCGGGGUGGACCCAGGGGCCCCGGGAAUGCAGACCACAACAGAAGGGAAACCCAAGAUUGUGGACAUCAUUGACACAACGGGCAGCGGCGAUGUGAACAUGUGCACUGUGGUGGAGGUGAAGGAAGAGGUCGUGACCGGGCUGACGGGACGCACACUCAAAAUUCCUGCUGCUUGGGUGAAUCCAUCCGGGAAGUAUCACAUUGGAAUAAAGAACGGUUAUGAUUUUUUCCCUAAACCUCUCAAAGAGAGAAUACAGAAAGAGCGUAAGGAGAAGCUGUGGGAUCCAGCACAUAGAGCAGCUCUCGCUGAAGCCAGUCGCAGGAUAGAAGAGUUCGACCAGACUCACCCAAACCCAUCACAGAUGGAGAAACUACAGAAGGAGGAACUACAGUGUCAUGUGGAGCUGUUAGGAACCCUGGAGAAGAAGUACAGUGAUCCAGGGCCGGUUUAUGACUGUAUAUCGUGGCAUGACGGUGUCACAUGGAGGGCUGUGGUGGACUCUUCUGAGACUGGAGACCUGUUGUCCUGCACUGUCCUGAGCUCAUAUCGAGAGAGACAGGAAUAUGCCACACUGGGAUAUGCAGAGAUGCUCAAUUACUCCAUAAACAUCUAUGACGAGGGAAACACUCUGUGUAUUGUCACCAGCGGAGGAGCUCAUGGGACGCACGUUGCUAGCAUCGCAGCGGGUCACUUCCCUGAUGAGCCCGAGCGAAAUGGUGUUGCUCCAGGAGCUCAGAUCCUGGCUGUGAAGAUCGGAGACACCCGCCUCAGCACCAUGGAGACGGGCACCGGCCUCAUACGAGCUAUGAUUGAAGUCAUAAACUAUAAGUGUGAUCUUGUGAACUACAGUUACGGGGAGGCGACGCACUGGGCGAACUCAGGGAGAAUCUGUGAGAUCAUCACAGAAGCUGUUCAGAAGUAUAAUGUGUUGUUUGUCUCGAGCGCUGGGAAUAACGGCCCGUGUCUGUCCACCGUGGGCUGCCCCGGAGGAACCACCAGCAGUGUGAUCGGUGUGGGCGCUUACGUCACUCCUGAUAUGAUGGUGGCCGAAUACUCGCUGAGAGAGAAGCUUCCUCCGAACCAGUACACAUGGUCAUCCCGUGGACCCAGUACAGACGGAGCUCUGGGCGUCAGCAUCAGCGCACCUGGAGGAGCCAUCGCCUCUGUACCAAACUGGACACUACGUGGCACACAGCUGAUGAACGGCACUUCCAUGUCCUCUCCAAAUGCCUGCGGAGGAAUUGCUCUUGUGCUCUCAGGUCUGAAGCAGAACGGCGUGCAGCCCACAGUGCCAGCAGUCCGCAGGGCUCUGGAGAACACGGCUCUGAAAGUGGAGGAUAUAGAGGUGUUUGCGCAGGGCCACGGCAUCAUUCAGGUGGAGCGGGCGUUCGACUACCUCAUGCAGCAUGCAUCGCUGCCUACCAGUAGCCUCGGCUUCACUGUGACCGUAGGAACACAGCGAGGCAUCUACCUCAGGCACCCCACCCAGGUCACUGUACCAUCUGAUCAUGGAGUCGGCAUCGAGCCUGUGUUUCCUGAGAACACAGAGAAUUCGGCCCGUAUCUUGCUGCAGCUGCAUCUGGCUCUCGUCUGCAAUGCUGCCUGGGUUCACUGUCCAUCACACCUGGAGCUAAUGAAUCAGUGCCGCCACGUCAACAUCCGCAUAGACCCGCAGGGCCUGAGAGAGGGUCUGCACUACACUGAGGUGUGUGGAUACGACACGUCCGCUCUCAGCGCCGGUCCUCUCUUCAGAGUUCCUAUAACGGUUAUAAUCCCUGAGAAAGUAGCAGAUAGUCGCAGUCAAGAGAUCACGUUCAAAGACGUCCACUUCAGACCAGGACAGAUCCGGCGCCAUUUCAUUACCGUCCCUCAUGGAGCAUCAUGGGCGGAAAUCUCAUUAACGUCUCACUCUGGAGAUGUGUCGUCGAAGUUCGUCCUGCAUGCAGUUCAUCUGGUGAAGCAGCGAGCGUAUCGAGCCAAUGAGUUUUAUAAGUUCUCAUCUCUGCUGGAGAAAGGCUCACUCACAGAGGCUUUUCCUGUGCUGCCAGGACGGACUUUGGAACUCUGUGUUGCUCGCUGGUGGGCGAGUCUUGGAGACGUCACCAUUGAUUAUGUCAUUUCCUUCCACGGGCUGGUGACAUCACCCUCUCCUCUUCAUAUUCAUGCCUCUGAAGGGAUUUCUAGUUUUGAGGUUUGUUCUCCGUUGAGAUACGAAGAUGUUUCUCCAACAAUCACACUAAAGAACUGGGUUCAGCCUCUCAGGCCUGUAAGUGCUAAAAUAAAACCCCUUGGUGCUAGAGAUGUGUUACCAAACAACAGACAGCUCUAUGAGAUCGUUCUCACGUAUAAUUUCCAUCAGCCUAAGAGUGGCGAGGUGACGCCCAGCUGUCCGCUGCUGUGUGAGUUAUUAUACGAGUCUGAGUUUGACAGUCAACUCUGGCUCCUAUUUGACCAGAACAAGAGACUCAUGGGCUCUGGAGACGCCUACCCACACCAGUACUCUCUGAAGUUGGAGAAGGGCGACUACACGGUGCGUCUGCAGGUGCGUCACGAGCAGCAGAGUGAGCUGGAACGUUUGAAGGACCUGCCGUUUAUCGUGUCUCACCGUCUCUCCAACACGCUCUCGCUGGACAUCUAUGAGACGCACCGCGGUGCCAUGCUGUCCAAGAAGAAGGCCAACUCCAUCACGCUGAGCCCCAGUGCGACACAGCCCUUCUACAUCACUGCCCUGCCUGACGACAAGAUCCCUAAAGGUGCUGGUCCAGGCGGGUACAUCACUGGCUCUCUGGUUCUGCCCAAGAGUGAGUUCGGCAAAAAAGCACAGGGACAAGCAUCAGCCAAACGACAAGGAAAAUUUAAAAAGGAUAUGGUGCCAGUCUUUUACCACCUGGUUCCUGCUCCUAACAAAAACAAGAAUGGGAAAGAGAAGGAGAAGGAUGCCGAGAAGGAGAAAGACGUGAAGGACGAGUUCACUGAAGCACUGCGAGACCUGAAGAUCCAGUGGAUGACCAAGUUGGAUAACAGCUCGUUGUAUGAGGAGCUGAAGGAGGUGUUCCCCACACACCUGCCGCUGCACGUUCAGAGACUCCAUCAGCUGGACUCGGAGAAGGAGCGUUUGAAGCGCCUGCCAGAGAUCGCAGCUGCAGCGGAUACAGUGCUGUCGCACAUUGACCAGACGGCACUGGCGGUCUACCUCACCAUGAAGACGGACCCGCGGCCAGAUGCUGCCUCCAUUAAGAGUGACAUGGAGAAGCAGAAGUUGUCUCUGCUGGAUGCUCUCUGCAGGAAGGGCUGUGCUCUAGCGGAUCAGCUGAUGCAGCCAGCAGCACAGGAGGGCGCCAGUGCAGGUGAGGUGGGCAGCUCUGAUGACGAGCCGCAGAGCGUGGCCAAAGCGCUCACCGACAUCUUCUGGGAGGUGCAGAAGUGGGCUGAGCUCACUGACUCUAAGGUUUUAACAUUUUCCUACAAGCACGCAUUAGUAAACAAAAUGUACGCAAGAGCCUUGAAGUACGCGACUAAGAUUGUCGAGGAGAAACCCAGCAAAGACAACUGGAAGAACUGCAUACAGCUGAUGCAUUCUCUGGGCUGGAUGCACUGCGUCUCGUACACCGAGAACUGGCUGCCCAUCAUGUACCCAUCUGACUACACGCCCUUCUAACGUCCUGUCGCGUGACACACAUACAUACAUACACACACGCACGCACACACACACAGACACACACACAGUCGUUUUAAUGCCUUCUGGAAACCAUCAAGAACCAAACACCUCACAUCACAUGGUCCUUCAUGGAUCCCAUAAUGCCUUCCUGUGUGGAUCACAGCACUGAACCAACAGUUCUCAUCCUACAGCUUGAAUCUUUAUGGGUGUAUUUCACUUGGAUUUUUCAUCAUACUCACAUGACGCCUCAGUGUUCGUCUUCGCUUUGGGGAACUUGUAUAAAACCUGCAUUAUGUUUUUUGGAAUUUGAUUACUGGGCAUUUGCUUGGUGGACAUUUUUCCCCCCAACAACAAUAACAGUUUCUUGUCGGUUAAACUUCAGAUGAACUGCUGAAUACAGAUAACGUCAAGGCAAUAUGAUGGACAUCCAGUGGAGUUCUGUGGUUGAAACCUCCAGCUCUGUUUCACCAUAGAAUCAAAGGAAAACUUUAUUUUUAAUUUUUAAUUUUUUUGUGAUUGACCCUUAUAUAUAUCAAAUGUAUGCAUGUUUUAUAAAGACACAAGGGUCAUGUUCAUGGCUUUCAAUCUUGUGCCGUUCUGGAAAAAGUCUGAGCUCGUGUGAUUGAAAGUCAUUCAAGUUUUCUUUUAUUCUGAGCCUGGACUCAAAAAUUUCUUUCUGAAUUUGUCGUUUUGGUGUAUAAGUGAAGAAUAGAUUGUAACUUUCUUUUAGAGUUUAAAUGUGUGCACUUCUCUUGUGUCUCGAAUGUUCAUUCAGGGUUAAGACAUUGAAAGCGAAUCAUCUUUCCAUUUCCCUUUGUGAAGGGGGAUGUUUGAAAGUAAGAAACAAAACCAGCAAUUCAUGCUACAUGUUUUCACUAGUACACUGUGUAAAAGGAACCAUUACUUACAGAAGAUACGUCAUUUCACUUUUCCUCAGAGGGCUUUUGCAUUGGCCUGAAAAUGCAUUGGUUGCAUGAUCUUCCCCCAGUUUCUUCAGUUUUCUAUCACGUGUGUUUGUGUUGUUUGUUGAUGUUCAGGGCUCAGGCGUCUUGAACGGCAGGUUCUUUAAAAAUGGCCUUAAAUAUUCACAAUCUUCAAACCCCGUCCAUCCCUUCCUUUUUUUCAGGAAAUAUCACAUUAUUAUGGAUCAAAAACCCUUGAAUAUCUUCAGAUAUAUUUAUGGAUGUCUUGUAUUUAUAAAGUAUAAAUGAAUACUAGGUAAUGCCAAUAUUUUAAAGUCAUUUUAUUUCACACAUAGAUUAGGUAGGUGUUAUUUUAUAUGCAUUACUCCUCGUGAGACGUUUCAGAAGUAACAGCCGGUUAUUUUGUUAACAGUAAAUGUGCUGAACUAUGUAUUUGAUGAAGAUUCUGAAUAAAUUACGUAGAACUGACCAUAUUUUGCUCCUUUUCAUGAAAAACAGGUUUUGAGUUAUUCAUGCUGAAUGUGUUAUGGACAUAAUCACAUUUUAUUACAGCUGUUAAAAAAUUGUAUUAAGUUUAGUUUUUAGAUUUACAUUAGAUUGGGUUUACUGAUAUGAUCAACAAUAUUUGUAAUAUCAUUGUCAUGUAUGGUUUAUUCAUGUAUGGUUUAAUAAUUGUGUGCUGACAUUGAGUAAAAAGCACAAAUAUACAAUAAAAAUAUAAAAUGUAAUAUUAUAGUUUGCAACCGCUACUACUGUCCUUCCCUAACUCAUCAUUCUUUUCCCAGAUGCAUUUUUUUUUUAAUGGUUCAAUCAUUAUGCCUGUAUUUUGUUGGAUUUUUUUGUGAAACAUCAUUACAGGAUCAGCUGUUUUAAAGCUACAUUCACAAACCAUGAUCAAAUUCCAACAUGAACUGGAAUUUAAGCGCAUCUAUUUUAGCAUCAGCAUGGCUUUAUUUACAAUGCCGACAAUCCAGAUUUGUUAUUCAAAUCCCAUUUUAUGGAAUUACUGUUCAUAAUGUUGUUUUGCAAUCAGUCAAACCAGAAUGACUUCAAAUCAAAUCUGUCAAACUAAAAAAAUUGAUUUUUUUUUUCCCAUCUCUUAACCAAACUCCUUAGUUUUGUUGACUAUAGCAUGGUUGUUGGUAUGGAUGCUAAUGCAGUCAUUAAUCCUUCAAUCGAUAAAUCUGUGUGCACGGCAUAUGGUGAUCAGUCUUCACAGUCACUGAUUGAUCUUAUCGUAGAUCACACAGACAACACUGUGGCGUUAUCGUACAUCAAGGGAGGUCUACGAUCACGUCGCAACUCGCAUGCCAUCUCCUCCUUUGGAGUCCGAUGCAGCUCAAGUUGCUGCGUGCCAUCUACAUUCCAGGGGAGCUCAACUGUGCUGCUGACAUGUUCUCACGGCAGCUCACUUUCCCUGGAGAAUGGCGACUCCAUCCCCAGGUGGUUCAGCUGAUCUGGAGUCGAUUCGGGGAAGCUCUGGUAGACCUGUUUGCUUCACACUAAACCUCCCAUUUCCAGUUGUACUAUUCCCUGACCGAGGCCCCCCUAGGCAUGGAUCACUCGCACACAGCUGGCCCCGGGGCCUAUGCAAGUAUGCAUUUUCCCCCAUUGAGCCUCCUCGCACAGACACUCUAAGGUCAGGGAGGAUGAGGAACAGGUCCUGCUUCUUGUGCCUGGUUGUGGCCCACCCGGACCUGCAUGGUUUUUGGAACUCAUGUUCCUUGCAACAGCCUCUCCCUGGCGCAUCCCCCUGAGGAAGGACCUUCUUUCUCAGGGGCAAGGCACCAUAUGAUACUCGCGUCCAGACCUGUGGAACCUCCAC